GGUAGCGCACAAGUGCCAAGACGAAUUUGGACUUGGAUAUUCGCUUAUUGUUUUGUUUUAAAACAACUCCUCCAUCUACACCUCACUCCUUUGUUAAACAUGCGGUCUGGAGUUCCUGCUGCUGUGAUCGCUGUGGUGCUCCUCGGCAUUUGUGGUUCAGCAUGGGCGGAUCUAUGGUAUCGCGGCAAUGCGGUUCAUCCAGACUAUCCUGGUCAGUGCUACUAUGAGGAGCUAAAGCAGGCCAUUCCCAAGAAGCAAUCAUAUAAGCCCAUCAACCGGGAGGGUUACUGCCAGUCCAUCUACUGUAGGCCGGACAAUGUACUGGAGAUACGCUAUUGCGGUCGCCACAACCUGGUACCCACGGACAAGUGCAAAAUCGCCUCCGAUAUGCGACGCACCUAUCCUGACUGCUGUCCCAAGCUGGUUUGCCAGGAGUCGGAGAGCAACUAUAUCUAGGCUGGAUGAGAUCCAAUCUGUUUUCUGUACAUAAGCAUAAGUAUUAGACAUAGUUGAAUAGUUUUUU